GUUAUAUUUAAAGGAUCUUUGAUGGACGAACCACAAUUCGGACACCGUGGAAUGUUGAUAGAUACUGCAAGGUACUUCUUGCCACUUGAUGUCCUGGAGAAAUUAAUAGAUAGCAUGGCCAUGGUGAAGAUGAAUGUGUUUCAUUGGCAUAUUACAGAUGAUCAAUCAUUUCCCUUUGUCUCAACUACUUGUCCGAAACUGUCAAAGAAGGGUGCAUAUCAUCAGCUGAAGUGCACGUAUAAUGAAGAUGAUGUGGAAAAACUGUUGGACUACGCCCGUCAACGUGGAAUUCGUGUCAUUCCAGAGUUUGAUACUCCAGCGCAUACAUUGUCAUGAGGGAAAGGAUAUCCAGAGUUACUAACAAAAUGUUAUAACGGCAAUAAUGAAAAUGGAAAGUUGCGUCCAUUGAAUCCAUCCAAUUCAUCGUUGUAUGAGUUUUUGGAGAAAUUCUUUGAAGAAAUAGUCCGCAGAUUUCAUGACAAUUACAUUCACUUUGGCGGGAAUGAGGUUGACUAUGAGUGCUGGUGAGUUCUGUUGAUUUUAUGCAAGAGUAAAUGAAGAAUCAAUGUUAUGACAUCGCCAUGUUUUCAUUACCAACUGAAGACAUACUUUUCUCUGUCUCAGAUUAACAGACGCUGAACUAGUCUCAUUUAAACAACUUUCUCAUCAACUCAACUGAAUUUCAUUAAAUAUUCCUUAGCAGUAACAGGGGAAACAGCUGUAGAUUUAAGCAAUAGGAAAUGUCAUGGAUGCCAGUUUCAAUGCGACCCCGCCUCAUUUAAGUUCCCAAUUUGUAGAUUGACUAGUAAUGGGGAGAAAACACCACCUAUAGUGGUGUCACAACGUCAUUUUGAAGUUUGUGCUGAAGAUGUCUGAUAACUUGCAUCAAAAAUCGUGUGUGUACAUUGAACAGUGUAUAACAACCUUUGGCCGUCUCCAACCCUGAGUGACUGAUUUACCAAAAUAUCAUUUUGUAUUAAAGUGUCCAUUAUCUGAUAUUACCAGCGCGUUGCAAAACAUUUAUUGCAACCGAACAUGGUAGCCACAAAGCGCCUGUGAAAUUUAAUCUCACAUUAUUCCUCUUUUGAUUGGUUAAUAUAAACGAAUGAAGACAACUGUCCAUAAGGCACGACUAUUUCUUCUUCUUCUUCAGUGGAACACUGAAUAUUACAGCACCCAUCUAUCUCAUUCUCUUCCUUCCAUUGAGUGGAAUGGAAAAUCCUCAUCAACAAUCUCUGAUCAAGUUGUAUUUUAACAAUUAAUUCAUGUAGAUUAACGGAAGACUUGAUGUUGCUGCUCCUUAUUUGUGGGCAGUUUAAAUUGAAUCAUCGACAAGAACAAUGAACAAGUAAAAUUCAAGUCCUCCUGUUCAUUUAAGGAAGUCGAAUAAAGAUAUAGUUAGAUUCACGGACGACAAGGGAUUCGGUGAGGAUUAUUACCAACUACAUAAAUAUCAUCUGGUGAAACUUAUUGAGAUUGUUAAGAACAUGACGACGACAGACCCUGACUUACCGAUCACUCCUAUUGUCUACCAGGAGAGUUAUGCUGACGAAUGUGGAGUAAGUUUUGGAAAAUAUGUUUGUAUUUAAAUAAAUAUACUCGAUAUUCAGGGACGAUUAUCUCUAUCCCACUGACGCAACAUUAUCAGUCCUUUUUAUUUGAUCGUAAGGAGGAUUGUUGUGAUUCAGUCAUAUAUUUAUUUUCAAGUUAUUUUAUUUCAUGUCUAAAACAUUUGAUCCAUGUUGGCUGAUUUGGUGUCUAGAGAUAAAAUAAUCCAUCUAUGUCAUCACCAUCAGGCAAACAGAUCUAGGUCGCAUAAUGCUGCGUUUGGGGGUUACUCCAUGUAUGGUGAUAGGAGAAUAUUUUCUCCUAUUACUUGUCCAGUGGAGUCUGUCUUGCUGAAUCUGGCUAAGCUCUCUCACUCUCACAACUCAGUCGACCUCAAUACAACAGAAUAAUCCCUUUGCUUGAUCGUGAAGUCAUCUGGUUGUAUUUGAUCAAUUGAGUUAUUUCAUGUGAUUAUUCAGUUUGGACAGGGCACAGGAGUUCACUUCGUUAAUGAAAAUUUUUGUUCUCCAUAUCUCUGUGAUGAGUGUCUGCUAACACGUG